AUGGGCGCGCGGCCCAGUUCGCAGCGUCGCUGGCAGCGGAGGCCGCGCAAGCUGCCAAGCGGCCCUCGGAGUGCCCAGCGCCCGGCCCUUGGGGGAGCCUUCCUCGCCCUCGCCCUCGCCCUCGCCCUCGCCCUCGCCCUCGCCCUCGCCCUCGCCCUCGCCCUCGCCUCCACCGCCCUGGCCCCCCUCGCCCAGAAUUCUACAAGUCGACCUCAACUUCCUUUAGAACAGAAAGAAUUUGGUCCUGGUAUCCCAGGCAUCCAGCAUUCCUUCUCCGAAUCAAACUGCCAACGAGGAGCAAGGAGACGGCCUUCAUCUACGCCGUGACGAGCGCCGGAGUGGUGCACGCGGUGACGCAGGCCUGCAGCUCGGGCAACCUCACGGAGUGCUCCUGCGACUCGUCGCGCCACGGGAAGAACACCAAAGAAGGCUGGAAGUGGGGUGGCUGCAGUGAUAAUCUCGACUAUGGUAUGGAAUUUGCAAGAAAAUUUGUCGACGCGCCUGACCUUGUAAAACCAGACAAAAAUGUAAAGCGUAAGAAGGCUUGGACAAAGCGAAUGCAGAUGAAUCUCCAUAAUAACGAAGCCGGCAGACAGGUUGUUGACAAGUUAAUGCGCAAUCAGUGUCGAUGCCAUGGAAUCUCCGGCUCCUGUGAACUGAAAACAUGUUGGAGGACAAUGCCAUCAUUCAACGAGAUCGGAGACAUGCUGAAACAAAAAUAUCAUCAAGCUGUUCAGGUACCCAUAAAAACACCGAAACGUCUUCGUCGCAAAAGCAAAGGGAAAAGACUGAAGGUCGACAAGGGCGAUCUAGUGCACAUCCACAGAUCACCAAAUUACUGCGUACCAGAUUUGCAGAAAGGCAUCCCUGGAACGUCUGGACGAGUUUGCAACAAAACAUCUCAAGGUCCAGAUAGUUGCGACCUUCUCUGCUGCGGAAGAGGCUACAACACUCAGGUUAUGAAGCAUAAAGAAAGGUGUCAAUGCAAAUUUGUUUGGUGCUGCUACGUUCGGUGCAAAACCUGUGAAACGCAGAUUGAUCGACAUACCUGCAAAUAACAGUUCUAAAUUCCUUUAAAAUUCACCUUGUCAGAACUUAAUUGUGCCAAGUGGACAUUACAAAAUUGGUAUUUAGUAGACAAGGCUGUAUUUAUUUCCACUCAUAACUCAUCUCAUCUCACAUCCUUUUCAUUUUAGUGUAAAUAGUGAAUUGUCAUUAUAAGUUUACGUAUUUCAUUGACAUCAUUUUUGCCUAGUUCAUCUGUGAGAUAGUAUAUAUUGUGAAGCAAUAAUAAUUAUGAAUAAUAGGAAAUAUAUAUUUAUUUGUCAUUUAAAAUACAUAAUUCUGUAUUUGGUAUAUGUAUUCAUGACUGAUUCAACAUGAAAUAUUUUGUGUAUUUUGUUGUUCUUCCUACAGUAGACUGAGAACAUGCAAAUGUGUUUCAAUUUACCACUUACAUGAGAGCCUUGUAUGUCUCACUUUUUCCAUUUGUUUGAUAUUCCCUAAUUGUGACACACUCAAAUAAGAACAGAGAAUAUUAUGAUAAACUUAAACAUUCAUUGUGAAGAUAUCUGAGUAAUUAUCUUAUGCUAUUGGUAUAAGAUGAUAAAAAUAUAUUUGCAGGAUUAGUGAGAAUAAUUUCAGGCCGAGUAAUGUUACCAUAUUUUGUGUUAAGAUUGUGCUUAUUUCACUGGAUAUCAGUAAUUACAUUCAGUAUAACUAAGUAAAGUGAACAUUUAAUGAAAUAGGUAAGUUAAUUUCAAUUUUUUUUAAUUCUUUUUUUUAAUUUUAAAUUAAAAAUAAUUUCUCAAAAAAUUUGCCAUGCUAGUGUCAAUAUGUUCUUCAACUUACAAUUAUUUAUUUCUGGAAUUGGCACCGCAUGAGAAAAUUAAAAUCAUUUAAGGGGAGUUUGUAUUUUUUUGAAUCAACUAAAAUUCAUACUACCUAUUUCGAGAAAUAGACAAUUCUUUGAGAUUUUCUUUCUCUUAUUUCUUUCAAUUGAUGGUGUUCAGUUUUUCAAUUAAUAUUUGAAGAGAUUUUGGGAAAGAAAUUUAAAACAAUUUGUUAAGAUUUUAUUUUAUGAAACGAAAUAUAAUUCAAUUAUAUCUGUCUCUCAUUGUCACAUUUGAGUUACAGAUAAAGAUAAAUGGUUACAUAAAUCAACUUUUGUAAUCAUUUAGCUAUCUGGAAUGGUUACAGAAAUCACAGUCUCAUAAGAAGAUCAAAUUUUCUUCUAUAAUGCCAUUCACUGCAUUUUAUUGGGAUAGACAACAAAUUGUUGAAUGCCAACCAACUUCGAUAUUACAUGAAGAAAGUGUUGAAAAUGAUAAACUGGUGAUAGUUUCAGCGAUGUUUUAUUAGUUCCUCCUAUCUACAAAUUUAUAUUUAUAGAUUGGUACAUUUGAGACAUUAUUCAUUAUCUCAUACAAAUGAAUAAAUAUAAAAUUUAUGGAAAAUGGUUUCGUAUAACGCAUUUAUCAAAAAUUUUAAAUUUGCAUAUAUGUGAGUGAGCUAUGUCAAAUUUAUACAAAGCUGAUUAUGCUUGAAAAAUCUUAUGAGAUAAUUCUUAAGAUUUUUCCAUAUCAUGUACAGUAAAUAAACAUAAAACCUUACAAUUAUUUAUCAUCAUUUUUGUUUAUUAGAAAAAACUUGUUAAUAUUUAUUUCACAUAGGCAAUACAUUUCAGCAGCAGAAGAAAGCCAGCAGCAGAACCAUUGGAUGGUAAGGGAGUUCAUAGGUUGUCAUUAUCUUUGGGAUGACUGUGAAUCCUAUAAAACAUUAUUAUAUUAAAUUCAGACACUUUUUUUGAGAUUGUAUUUCUCCAGAA